AAAGUUGAGUGGGCAGGAAGGUAGGUGCUCCUCUUUCUGCCCUUCCACCGAGGUGGGGCUGGGACCUCCGGACCCAGCGUCUCGCCUCGUAUAAGGUGCACCUUUCUUCCGGCUCUCGCAGCCGAUGCGCAUCGGAGCCGCUCUCUGCAGAGCCAGGGGGCGGGCCGGCUUCUCGGUGUGUGCCUAAGAGCAUGGAUCGCAGGCCGCGGGCUCCGCAGUGGCGCCGAGCUCGCCACCAUCACCACGACCUGUGCCCCCCCAUCGGCCGCCGGGCAGCCACCGCGCUCCUCUGGCUCUCCUGCUCCAUCGCGCUCCUCCGCGCCCUGGCCACCUCCAACGGCCGCGCCCAGCAGCGCCGGAGCUUCCUUAACGCCCACCACCGCUCCGCCGCCCAGGUGUUCCCCGAGCCCCCCGAGUCUGACCCCGAGCUGGAGGAGGCUGAGCCCGAGCCGACCCUCCCGGAGUGCCUAGAGUACGAGGAAGCCUUCGACUACGAGUCCGAGACCGAGUCUGAGAUCGAGUCCGAGACCGACUUCGACACCGAGCCCGGGACCGCCCCCACCACCGAGGCCGAGACCGAGCCCGAGGACGAGCGCGGCCCCGCGGUGCCCAAGCACAGCGCCGCCGACCAGUCCCUCAGCCAGCGCCUCCGCGCUCUGGGGCUGCGAAGCCCCGACGCCUCCCCCAGGCGCACGCAGCCCAGCGCCCGGGAGCCCCAGCGCCCCAGAGAAGGGGAGGUGCCCCGGAACGAGGAUCCGAGGGACCCCGCGAAGCCGAAAGAGAAGCAGCAGCGGCGCCGCUGCAAGCCCAAGCAGCCCGCGCGCCGCGCCCCCUCCCCGGAGCCCCCCGCCAAGAGGGGCCCCAUCCCCAUCCGGCGCCACUGAUGGACGACGCCGUCCAGAUUCUCCUUGUUUUCUUUGAUUCAGGUUAGUUCCCGCUGCGAAACUGGGGGCCUGGGGCCGGUGUGGGAGCCGCGGGAGGAAGAGGGCAGGUUAGGGGAAGGCGGGGAGACAGCGGGCCCAGCUGGCCGGCUGGGGGGUGGUGGCCGGGGCAAGCUGGGAAGAGCUCCUCAAAUCUUCCCGGGGUGGGGGGUGCGCUGGGAGAGCACCGGGAGGGCGCAGGGGGCGCCCCGGGGGCCGAGGGCUUGUCGGACGGCGGGCGCUCUUUGCGCCCCGCUAGAGACAGCCUGAGGUGUCCAGGACGCACGACCGAACCGCGGCCGCACCCCAGCUUUCGAGCUGCACACCCCAAAGCACGGGUAAGUCACCUGUUCUCUGUGCUUUUCUCCUUCCUAGAGACUAGUCUCAAAGCAGGCGGCUUUGGCGGGCGCCCGAACGUGGUUGGGAGGCGCGCGCCAACUUUCACAAAGCAGAGCAGCCUCACUGUGGCGACGCUGUUGGAACGUGCCAAAAGUAACCGCACAGGGUUGGGCGAGAACUCUGGGGACCGCGGGCUCCGGGACACUCGGAGCCUGGAGCCCAAGUCCGGUGCGGCCAAUUUGGAGGCUCAGGAUCCUGGGUGCCAGUGCCCCUGCGGCCAUGCGCCAGUCCUGGCUGCCACCGCCAGCCUCCGGGCGCUCGCAGGGCCAGAGACCGCGGCAAAGAGCGUGCGCACCUGCCUACGCGCCCUGGAGCCACGUCUCAGAGCGGCGGGCAGGUCUCCCCCAACCCCUCGCCCCAGUACCGCACUUGGAGGGCAGGCAGAGGAGGUCCAGGAGUCUCCAUGGGUACCUCUACGGGCCACCAAGGCUGGUGCUGCCGGCUUGGUCACGUCCGGGUAUCUCCAACCUUGUGGCGGAGCUGGGUGCCGCUUGGCUGGAGAGGUCCUGGCCGUCUGCGCAA